UGUCACUCCUUUUGGUCAACCAACCCUGACAAACUCAGCAGUCAUGGGUAUCCAAUCUAACAUCCUGCUUUCUGCAGGCCUCAUCGCAUCUCAUGUCCUCGCGGCUCCCCUGCCUGGUGCUGACCCUCAAGAUAUCAGCACUAGCGUCCCGGGCGGCGGUGUCGCCUCGCUGGGCAACUUCGGCUCGUCGGUAGCAUUUGAGCCGGGCACGGAGCCCGAGCCGCUCCCCUAUUGCGAACCAUGGUGGUGGUAUUUCGUCUAUCCCGACUACGAUCCGGAUGCGGAAGAGAACGGCUCGGUGUACGUCUCCGCCGGCAGCGGAACCACCAGCUCCGUCACAAUCGAUAGGCGUCAGACAUCCUCCAUUGGCAACGUCGGCAGCAGCGUGAGCUUCGAGCCAGGUGCUACGGCGGAAGAGCCAGAAGAGGCCCCGGAGUGCCAGCAUCGCCCUCGCCCGAACCCGGAUGGCAAGCACAAGCGUGGCGACGAUCCCGGUGCGAUAUCCGCCAUCGGUAAUGUCGGUUCGACCGUCACAUUUGAACCGGGUGUGGAAGCAGAGCCAUCGUGGCCUGGGCGUCCGGGGAAGGGGAAGGGAAAAGGAAAGGGCAAGGGCAAGGGCGGUGAUUGGGAUGACGGGCAUCAUGGAGGUGACGGACACCAUGGAGGCGACGGACACCAUGGAGGCGACGGACACCAUGGUGACUGGAACGACGGAGACUGGAAUCAUGACGAUAAGCCUGAACCUGGCACCAUUUCCGUCAGUGUGAGCGGCGACGAUUGGAUCCACUCAUCCUAAGUCAUGGAAGCAUAUAUCUGUGUGUAUGUUCGACAGCCGUAUCUGAUGCAUUCGGUCC